AUGUGCACUCCCUGGCCUUGCCAUACUUGGGGGCUUGAUUUAAUUGGGACAAUCCAUCCCCCUUCCGAUGGCUACAUAUGGAUCCUCACCGCUACGGAGUAUUUCACGAAAUGGGUUGAGGCAAUUCCCCUUCGAAAGGCCACAGGAGCUGCCGUCUCGAAUUUCAUUCGGGAAUACAUUGUGUGUAGGUUCGGAAUCCCAUACAAGAUGGUCACCGACAAUGGCACACCUUUUGUUAACAAGCAAGUGAGUUCAACCCUUAGUGGGUACGGUAUCAAGCAUCGUCGCUCUACGCCUUAUUACCCGCAGGGAAACGGUCAAGUGGAGGCUACCAAUAAAACGAUAUUGAGGAUUCUAAGCAAGAUGGUAUAUGAGUAUCAAGGAGGCUGGAGUGUUCACCUACCGGAUGCUUUGUGGGCUUAUCGCACCUCACCAAGGAGCGCUACAGGUUUUUCACCUUACUCACUUGUGUACAGAUCUGAGGCUAUUUCACCCGUGGAAAUCACCAUCCCGACAGCCAGGAUAGCAGCUGUCAAUGAUCUUGAAUGGGAUGCAAAGACAUGCUCAGAUUGGCGUUUGUUAGAUCUCGAAGCAGUUGAUGAGAAAAGGAUGGAAGCUGAAAGAAGGAUGACACUCUACAACAAGACUGUUGCCCAAGCCUAUAACAGGACCGUUAAGCCUCAAGCCUUCAAGCAAGGAGAUCUCGUGCUAAAAGUCGUUGAACAUGUGAGAAGGCAAAUGUCAGGACCUUCCAAAUUUGCCCCACAAUGGGAGGGUCCAUUCGCAGUCAAGGAGGUACACAGCAGCGGUUAUUAUCGCUUGAUCUUUGUCAAGGAAGGCAUGCUAACGGACCCCAUCAAUGGAAAAUGGCUCAAGCCCUAUUACUGCUAA